AUGACGAAGGAAGAGUUUGAGAAGAAGGACGAUGAUCUGAUGAAGAUUGUACAAUCUCGGAUCAUACAACGCGACGAGGAGAAGCAGCAAGAUGUUGAUCUGAUGGACAUUGUACGGUCUCGCGCAACAAGGGACGAGAAGGUCAUUCUUGAGGACAUGGGGACUGGUGGGUUCGGAACCGAUGACCAAACGGAUCUCGAGAAGGGCGGGAUCCAAAAGGGGAUGAUGAGUACCGGAGAUACUAGUACUGCUUCCGCGUCGAACAACGCUGAGCUCGAGCAAAAACUGGAUGCUGUCGAAAAAGUUCUGGCGAGCCCUACCAGUGCUAGUAUCAGCCAGGAAGCAACGGCAAAGGCGUGCAAUGAGAAAUCUUCCAACGAGAAAUCUUCCAAUGAGAAAUCUGCCGGUGACGUUCAUCCCAAGGCUUUAGCUUCAGAACAGGAAUUCCCCGCAAGUCACAACAACACUCCUGCUCCUGGGUCUCUUUCCAGACAACAUAAUGUGGUGUGCUCAGAACCAGGUGCCUAUGCUCUUGCAACUGGGGUCGCAUUUCAACCGCAGGAAGUUCGUCCAGAGCCCGACAGCAGUUCAGGUUCAUCAGGUGCAAAUAAUAAUGAAAGUCAAGCUCUCGAUCUAGAAGCAAGGCCAGUGGAAGAGGACCAGGUUCUGGAUUUGGUGGUUGAGGAAGUAGACCAAGCGGAGUUAGAGAGAAAACGAUCUGAAAUCAAAGAGAAGAGAAAGAAGGAGCUCUUGCAUUACGGGUGUCUGGGAUUGAUUCUCUUGGCCGGUUUGAUAGCCAUUGUCCUUGCUGUGGCUUUGGGAAACAAGGAUGACUCAACUGUUUCAGUUUCGUCCAAGGAUAUCAAGGGGAACUGGCUACUCUAUGACGAAUCGGAGUGCUAUUGGUUUAGCAGCCUAUUUGGUUUCUUCAACGAAGAUGGCAUCUACGAGUUGGACGCAAAUUCGAUUGCGUCUACACCGUUGUCCUCAGAAGGCAUCGGGCCACCCUGCAAUGAGGAUGACAGAUUCCAGACUCUGGCUUUGCGGGGAUUGGAGCUGAACUUGUCAAAGCCAGUGAUCCCUCCUGAAAUUGAACUCUUGACAUCUCUGUCUGCUCUUUCUCUACAACAGAACAACAUUAAUGCUUCCAUCAAGGAUUUGUUACCCCCAGGAAUCUUUCAACUGGGUUACAUCUCAUACUUUGAUGUGUUUGACAACCGCUUGACAGGUGGAGUGCCCACAGAGUUUGGACUGAUGACCAGUGCCAACCACUUGGACCUUGGCCUCAACGCCUUGGGAGGGAAAAUUCCUAGUGAGCUUGGUGCCCUCACGAGCAUGACUGAGCUCCACCUCUACGACAAUGGUUUAACAGGUUCCAUCCCCACAGAGUAUGGCCUGAUGACCAACAUGGUCGAGGCGACACUUCACCGCAAUACCCUAACCGGACCUUUGCCCUCAGAGCUUGGCAACAUGGCUAAUGUGGCACGUUUCUAUCUUGAUACCAAUGAGUUGACCGGGUCCCUUCCAUCAGAAUUCGGACUCAUGAAUGCGAUGGCUGACUUCUCCCUGGUGGACAAUUCAUUGUGGGGGUCACUCCCCAGUGAGAUUGCUUUGAUGCCCAACCUCCAGCUAUUGAAACUGAACAACAACACAUUUUCUGGCAGCAUUCCAAGUGAGUUGCAACUCUUGGUGUCCAAUGGUUCUUUAGGGCUGUUGUCGAUUGAAAACAGUGGCAUCACAGGGGUGGUUUCAGAGGGAUUAUGCGCCUUGGGCCAAAGUUUCCUUAGCUUUGACUGUGGUACCGAGCUCUGUGGAUGCUGUUGGUGUCCUUGCCCUGGCGAGGUCAACACCACUGAGUGCAGCACAGAUUUGAGUCUCAACCCGUUGCUUGCAAAAAAUGAGUGGCCAGGACAAUUCCCCUCUGCACUCAACAGCUCGAACGUGGUCACAAUCAACAUCUUCACGGAUGGCUGGCCGUCAGAAACCUCCUGGACAUGGAGUCUGCUUGAUCAGUCAGGUGAAUGGCAGACACUGGAUUCACAGAACCCUCCGAAUGCCAGCAGCCUUCACAGCCCCACAAAGGAAGUCAAAUCAGAUAGUCUGUACCGCCUCAGGCUAUUUGACAGUUACGGAGAUGGGAUUUGUUGUAGCUGGGGCUUUGGAUGGUUCUCCGUCACUAACUCAACUCCAUCCGAAGGUCAUGCUGAUGGGACUGUUGUUUGGACUGCUGUUGGUGAUGCAUUGGACGGCGGCAGUGGUGCAUUAAGUUUUAUUGAGGAAGGCACAUCAUUGGAUGUAUUUCUUUGGGUUGAUUUAGAUGGAAAUGUACAGCACGUGGAGUACCUUCCAGAUCAGGGUUUUUUCUUGGCAGGCACAGAGGGGGAAGUGGCAGUGGCGGCCUACCAUAAUGCUAGUGGUUCUGAAAUGCCCAAUGAGUCAGGAGAGCCUUGA